CAUACAUGAAAAUGAAGAACAUAUACAUGGAAGUAGAAAUUUGCAGUUUUUACUUAAAAGUUCUUCUUUUAUUUUAUUUUUCUGUAUUCAGAUGCUACCUGUUUGGCUGCUCUGGUUUUAGGUAACUGCCCUAUGCAUGCCCCGGAUAGCGUUGCCCCGCCUCUUCCAAUGAAAACGCGGAUAUUUCUAUCUGAAGACCAAUUAUAACGCAACAUUUACGCGGCUCUUAAGGCAACACAUCGGGACUGGACCAUACAGAGGGCGCCUUAUUAUAGUUACAUGGCUUGGGAGAGGAGGAGUGCUAGCAGACUACUAGCAAAAAUAAACUGGCUAGCAGUCCUAUGCAUGGAAAUCUGUUAAAACCCAAGUGUGAUACAGCGUGAUUUUUAUUUAUCCAACAUGGCCCCCUUCAGUUUGAUUUCAGUUGGAGCCAACCUUUUAGUCAAGUCGGCUGGUCUUCUGUCAAGUGCUUCUAUUGUAAGGAGCACCAGUGUUGUUGUAGGCAAGAGUCUCAGCACCACAUCGGUACAGCCCCCGAAGAAGCCUCUGUCAGGUUACAUGCGAUUCGUGAAACAACAGCAGCCGGUCGUUGUCAGACAGUAUCCAGAUGUGAGUGUGGUGGAGGUAGUAAGAAAGAUCGCUCAGCAAUGGAGAAUGCUGACACCUGAACAGAAAAAGCCCUUUGAUGAAGCUUCAGUGGCCGCGCGGAAGCAGUACAAAGUGGAGAUGGCGAAGUUCCAGGCCCAGCUCACCCCGGCUCAGUCGGCAGCGCUCAAGGAGGAGAAGAGACAGAAAAUAGCCAAAAGGAAGGUCAUCAGGCAGAAGCGGGAGUUGACGAUGCUGGGCAAGCCGAAACGCCCCCGAAUUGCUUUCAACAUUUUCAUGGCAGAACACUUUGCAGAAGCCAGAGGAAUGACAAUGCAGGCAAAGAUGAAAUCAUUAAGGGAGGACUGGAAAAAAAUGUACCCGUCGCAGAAACAGGUCUACAACCAGUUGGCAGAAGAUGAUAAAAUCCGCUAUGAAAAUGAAAUGAAGUCCUGGGAAGAACACAUGAUUGAAAUUGGACGGGGGGACCUUAUUCGAUUUCGAAAAAAGAAGGAAACCGCCAAAAAAACUGUCAGUACAAAAGGAGGCAAAAAGAAAUCCAAAGCCAAGCUGGCUAAAACUAAAGUGGCCACCAAGUCUUCAGGUAGAAAAACGUCAAUAAGCACAAAGGCAAAAACCACUGCAAGAGCAGUAAAGAAGGCUGAAAAGUGAGUCUGCUCAAAGUCAAAUCUAUCAAAAAGGCAAGCUACCGUCCUGAAUAAAAUCACUCUGUUAUAGGAGGUACUCUGAGUAUUCAUACUUACUCUGGUGAUGAGUGGUUAUUGUCCACAUAGUGACACAAUUUCAUGUGAACAUUGCUCAAAAUGUGAAAUACACUUCAAAAUAAGCUUCAAAAAAUCAUGUGAAAUACAUUCUUGGAACAGAUGCACAAAGGUUUUCUAAAAGUGCAAAUAUAAAAAGUAGUUCAAAUAUGUAAACGGCCUGGAACAUAUGUAUUUGAAAACUUGAUUAAACACAUAACUAGGCUACAAAAAUGUAUUAGCAUUAAUAGACUACAUCUGCUUU